AUGUUACCCUCGUUUCAGCCUCAGGCAUCAUUUACCAUCCCAGCAGGCACCAGCAUAGAAAUCUCGUAUCCUGCCACAAGCAUGAUACCUUCUUUUGCAAUGCCAAGUAUCACGAAUAUUGCGCAAGGCUCGCAUGAGCACCACUCCGCCACUCUGGUUCCAACAGCCGAACACAGCCUUCCAGUGUACAAGCUCUUCUUCCAUGGCAGCUUGAUUGGAUUGAGGCUGGCGAUGAGCUUGACCGGCGUUGACGAUGGAGUACUCUCACCGCUGCAAGCUGUCUCGAUUGAUGAGAUGAGAGAACGUACCCCAGAGCCUGAGAGCACAACGCCCCCGAAGCGACGGCCGCCUAGAUAUGAUCCAGGACUGGCUGUGCUGGGUCUACCGGUACACCGGAGCCUUGCGUACUGUUCGAGGUCGCCAACCCCCGAGAGCGAGUCGGAAGAGGACACAAGAUCCUCAACGCCACAAGCCUUGCCAUCGUCAGACCGUGAGCCUGUCGUAUCGGUGCCUAAUACAAAUGCGGCUCAAAGCCCCUCAUUUUCACACGGGCAACAUGAUAACCAGCCGGAAGCGACUUCGGUGAUCAGUUCGCAUUCCGUCGAACACCAUGUCAUCAUGACAGGAUCAGCAAUACCAGAGCAGGAUCUGGACCAGCCAGCAGACGUGCAGACGCCAUCCUCUGUUGACAGCAGGACAGCCAGCCACAAAUCGGAAACCGAAGACGAAGUCGAGCUGACGCCAUUGUCAUCCGCGAACGAUUCUGCCUAUUGUUCUCCAGAGCAACCAAUCCAGCAUGACGACGCCGAGCAGGUUGGAUCGAAAAUGGAAGAUAUCAUAGAGGGCCCAGAUGUCGGGCAAGAGGGUCCCGGAAAGAAAAAAGGUGUUGGACCACACAAGUGCGAGACCUGUGAAACCAGAUUCAAAACCUCAUACCUACUCAAGUACGUACGCUCUCCCAAUCCUCACCGAAACCUUCGUAUGCUAAAAACCUUCCAUAGAUCCCAUCGCGACGUCCACACGAACGACAAACCUCACCGCUGCGAGGAGUCCAAGUGCGCGCGGACUUUCAAGAGGAAAAGCGAGCUGACCCGGCACUUGAAAUCUAUCCAUCACACCCAAGGUUUUGCGGUCAUCAUCGCCGGUGAAUGGAAAGAGGCGGAGGGCUGGGCUGGUUACGAGGGGAUGAGGGAUUUGAAUGGGAAUGAGAAUCUCCGCGCCGCUUUUGAAGAUUUGUUGGAGAAGACGAGUCCUCUUGAGGCUAUUGAUCUAGGUCCUGCUUCAACCCUGAUAUUCUAA